AUGGGCUUAGUCGAGGAACCGUUGCGUGAGGGCCUCAAAGUCAUAGUGGCUGGCGCAGGACCGACGGGCUUGUUGAUAGCUCACGUCUUCAAAAAGCUCGGGAUCAACGCCGCCGUCUACGAGCGGGACGCACACCGCGCGGCGCGCCCCCGGGACUGGAACUUCGGCAUCUUCUGGGCGCAGGCGGGCAUCAAGGAGUGCCUGCCGCCCGAGAUCAACGCGCUGCUAGCGACGGCCCAGACCGACCCGUCGCGCCCGCCGGCCGCCGACUCGGCCAUCUCCAUGUUCAACGGCGCGACGGGCGAGAUGAUCGGGAAGGUGCCGGCGCCGUACUGCGUGCGGCUGAGGCGGCGCGCCUGGCUGGAUUUGAUGGAGGAUGGCAUCGAUGUUCGGUACAACAUGAAGCUCGUAUCCAUCGCCGACUCAGGGCCGGGCGUCGUGCGCGCGACCUUUGCCAACGGGGCAUCGGCGAGCGCGAACCUAGUGAUCGGCGCCGACGGCGCGCACAGCGCGACGCGCGAGAAAGUCUUGUUUGCGGCAGCGCCUGCCGACGGCCGGCUGCUCAAGAGCUCGAUCCUCAUGUCGACGACGCUGACGACCAUGGACGUCGCGGCCGCACAGGCGCUUCGGGCCCUCAACCCGCUGUUCUGUAUCACGUUCAACCGCAACGGGCUGUACACUUUCUUCAGCGUGCACGACUGCUCGUCGGCCAACCCGGCCGAGUGGAUCUUCAUGGUCGUGGUGACAUGGCCAGGCAACAACAACAACGAUAGCAAAGAGCUGGCCGACGACGCUGCGCGCCUCGACGACCUGCGCGCGCGCGCCCAGGUCCUAACGUCGCCGUUCCGCGAGGCCCUCGCCAGCAUCCCGCCCGGCACUAGGAUCUGGCACGGCCCGCUCUACUGCUGGCCGACGCAGCCGUGGGACAGCCGGGGCGGGCGCGUGACGCUGGCCGGGGACGCCGCGCACCCGAUGACGUUUCACCGCGGCCAGGGCCUCGGCCACGCCAUCACCGACGUGACGGAGCUGCGCGGCCACCUGCGCACCAUGGCGGCGCACACGCCGGCCGAGCUGGCGCGCGCGGUGCGCGCGUACGAGGCCGAGGUCUGGCGGCGCGGCUAUGAGGCUGUCAUGUCCAACUUGCAUAAUACUAGCCUCAUCCACGACUGGGAAAGGCUGACGCAGAGCCUGCUGUUCACGGCUGGCGUCGUCAAGGAGGUGCCGCCCGAGGCCGAGGCCGAGGCUGGAGGCGCUGGGCGGACGGUUGGAGUGGAAAUGGGUGGGCUGCAGGAUGGACCGUGA